GUUUGAAUGAGUGAACGAGAAGCAGAUGUGAGUUGUCCUAUUUCUGCGGAGACACCGACAGUCGGACUGAUGCGAUUCUAUGCGUGGACCUGUGGAGUCACAACCUGUUGGUUUCAUCUCCUGUGGCGGAUCCACAUCCUGAUGAGGAUGAUGAUGGUGGUGAUGAAGAUGAUGAUGGUGUGAAUUUCCAUAUUUGGUCAAGGGAUUCCCAGGGUUGUGGUCCCAUCAGGACACCGUUCCACGUCCCCAGCUGCGGGUCCAUUCCUCGUUGUCUGCUUGUUGUUGUUGAGGUUCGGUUUCCCUUUGGAUCUGAGAAAUCUUCUUUGUCUCUCUGGUGCUCUUCUCCUUUAUGAUUCUGACUUAUCAGAAUAGGCUCUGGACUUUACUUUUAUGUCCCAAAGAUGGACCAGCAAACAUAAGCCCCCCCCAGUUAUUAAAAAGAGGCACAACUGCCUCUCUUUGUGUUAAGUUAUUUCCUGUACAUUCAGCCUUUAACAGAAAUUGCAAAAAAUAAUAAAUAUGACCCUCCUAUCAUCGGCUUACGUUUGGAAUUAAAAAGUGAUCGUGGGCCACUGCUCUAGAUAGUCUUUGUGUUAUUGUACCUGUCUUUCAAAGGAAAUAAGCCAACACAAAGCAUUGCUGCUUUAUACACACUUGGAUUAUUUAAUCUAUUUCAUCGCAUCACUUUUUCUAAACUUCUCAUUUGUUUUAUAAUUAGAAUGUUGUUCUGAAAAGUCCUAAACACAGCUGAAAAAGGGCAAAAAAAAUGCAAUAGAGUGGAAGUAUCAGAAAGCGGAAAUACUUGAGUACAAAUACGUCUACAAUGUUCAGUGACUGAGUAUAAGUACUACUAUGUAGUUACUCCACCCCCCCAAUAAGAAAAAUAGUUCAAGUUGGUUCCUCACUGUCUGGAGUGAGAUAUGAAGGUCCUUGAUCGUAGACCCUACAAUGUGCUGUUGGUGGCUCUUUUAUCUAUAACCUGACCUUGGGUACUGGAGAGAGAGGGGAGUAUCUGUGGAAUUAGACAUCCACUAUUCUCUUGUACAGAUAUAAUGUAAUAUACACUAUAUACAUAACAUAUAGUUAAAAGGGUUUUUAGUAGUUUUUCCUUACUCUCGCUGAGGGUUAAGGACAGAGGAUGUCACAUCCUGUUAAAGUCCUACGAGAUGAAUUGUAAUUUGUGAAUAUGGGCUAUACAAAUAAAGUUUGAUUGAUUGAUUAUGACGUUAGUAUGUUUAUAUUUACAUUUACUGAGGCAGAGGACACAUCAUGCAUUUUUACAUCUUGCAAAUUUAACAUUUAAUUAACGCAGUAUUCAUUUACUGUCAGUGCAGUUCAACGGUUUGUGUGCAGUCCUUCUCAUUGUAUAUAUUCUUACACUGUACGUAUUCCAGUUUUUUUAUUCCAUUUAUAUUUCUUUACCUGUUAAUUUCAUAUUAAUUAUCAUUACUUUACCGGUGUCAUUGUUUGUUUGCCGUUUGCUGCUGUCACGUUGCAAAUUUCCUACUAAUUGUAGUUCGUUACUCAUUAUAUUGCACUGUCUGUCGAUACUGCAAGAAAUAGCACACUGUUUAUUGACAACAUGGCCUGGAUGUUAAUAAUUUGAAUACUUUUUGUGUGUGAUGUGCAGAGAUCCUGCAAAUAGCUGUUGCCAUUAACAUUAGCUCUGAAAAAAACAAGAAGAGGUAGAAUCUGUGAUAUUUCCUUGGAGUUCUGAAAUAUAAGGUAGUUUUGCAAAGCCCCCCCAAUGUAGUUUGCUCUUGAUAAGCUGGAUUUUGUCAUGUUGCUAAGCCACAAUGACAAAAUGUUAUUUAGAUGCCAUCUAGGUUUGGUUCCAACCAAAUUAUUUGGAUAAGGUUAAGGUCAGUGUCAUUGCUGACAAGCAUCAUGGCCAUGCACUGGCGAAGAAAGAAAAGAAGUUGCACUUUCUAAUAGAAAUGAUACAAAUUAUUCUUAUCGAAAUAAAAGAAAAGCCAGUGUUCAUUUUGCAGUGAAGAAAAAGGCCUAUCUCACGAACACUGGAAACACCAGAAGGACAAUUUUCAUGGAUAAAGUCUGUUGUACAACAAGCAGCUUUCCUUACCAGGCUCGUUUAGCAGGUUUUGAGUGAACUGAUAUCUAAGAUGAUGAAACCUUUGAAUGUAUCAGACCAAGUAAAAUGAAUCCAUUGUGAACUUGACUUGAAGAACCGUCAGGGAGAGGAUUGGAACAGGAUUUUUGAAGGGCUACAAGAAAGAGACAACACAAUGGCAUCUUAGUAUGCUGGUGAGUUUGCCAAUUCCCCUCAGGAAUUUGGUGAGAGCUACUACGAACUAUAAAGGCAACCAAAGAAACUUAACAUCAUUCGGCCUAACGUGAAACCACCUGUGCCUGACAACCUACAAUGUGAAAUCAUUGAGCUGUAAACCAAGGAGGAGCUCAAAGCCCAGCACAACGACCUCGUCGUAAAACUGUAAGUAUGACCUAAGGACCUUCCCACUUUGAGGAGACAGUCUGAUGUUUGUAUCCCUGCUUAAGACAACCUGCUGCAGUUAGCUUUAAUACAGAGGGUUGCAAAGCCUCCAAGAGUCUGAAGAGUAGAGUUCUGCUCAAGACCCAAACCUGGAGGACCAGCUUCAUCAUCAUCAUUACCAUCUGACAUCAAACACAGUGCCAAAGAGUUGGCGUGUCAGUCGUCACAUUAAAGAAGAUCCAUUGAAAUCUGCAAACGUGAAAAAAAGAGUCGCCCGAAAUGGUCCUUUCCUCGCCACACUCCAUGAGGCUGAAGUAUGCGUCUCUGGGGGUCCUGGUGUUGCAGACCACGUCGCUGGUGCUCACCAUGCGCCGCUCCCGCACCCUGAAGGAAGAUGGCCCGCGCUACCUGGCCUCCUCCGCUGUGGUGUUGGCCGAGGUGCUCAAGGUCCUCACCUGCACCCUGUUGGUCUUCAAGGAUUGCAGUUUCAAUGUGCAGUCUAUGAACCAGCUGCUGAAGGAGGAGAUUGUGAACAAGCCCAUGGAGACCAUGAAGUUGGCCAUUCCUGCAGGAAUCUACACGCUGCAGAACAAUCUGCUCUAUGUGGCCUUAUCCAACCUGGACGGAGCUACCUAUCAGGUGACGUACCAGUUGAAGAUCCUCACCACGGCACUAUUCUCUGUCUCCAUGCUGGGGAAGAGUUUGCGCCUCCACCAGUGGCUCUCGCUGCUCCUACUCACGGCUGGCAUUGCUCUAGUGCAGUUGCCCACAGAGUCUGGGGGUGACCCGGAGCAGACGAUCCCGACGGCAGGAUCCCAGUUUGUGGGACUGAUGGCCGUGCUGAUGGCCUGUGUGUCCAGUGGCUUUGCUGGAGUUUACUUUGAAAAAAUCCUCAAGGAGACGAAACAGAGCGUGUGGCUCCGUAACAUACAGCUGGGUUUGUUCAGCUUUUUGUUUGGCUCUGUAGGAAUGAUGAUGUACGACGGCCAAAGUGUGAUGCAGUCAGGAAUAUUUCAGGGCUACAACUCUAUAACCUGGACCGUAGUCAUCUUACAGGCUCUGGGCGGGCUGAUCGUAGCUGUGGUCAUUAAAUAUGCAGACAACAUCCUUAAAGGAUUCGCCACGUCUCUGUCCAUCAUCCUGUCCGCUCUCAUUUCAUAUUUCGUGUUGGCGGACUUCAAUCCCACUGGACUAUUUUUCAUGGGGACCAUGCUGGUUAUGGCCGCCACCAUUCUUUACAGCUACCAGUGCAAACCUUCCAGUGUUAGCAUGAUCAAGAUAGAGACCGGUGCCACCUGAAAGGAAAUCAGUACCAAGCAUAGAAAGGAGUGGAACUCUAUGACAUGUGACACACAAGAGUAUUCCAGAUGAAGGGUGCGGUAAAAACAUUGGAAGUGAUCAAACCUGUUACUUCCCAAAAACUACAACUGGAGACUGUUGCGACUAGAUGGGUCCCAUCAAACCUCUUAUUCAUGAUGACGAAUACAUUCCCUUUGUAGAUGUAUUUCUCUGAUGUCAGUUAUUCAUGCAGUGUGAAGGGACCAGCAGGAACAAACUGAGGAAACCUUGGCCACAUGAAUGUUUGGAAAUGUUUGAGGGGACAUAUUUCAGUUUGUACAAUGUGAGUAAAAUGAUCAUGUAUUUACAAAAGGGAAAGGCUGUUGAUGAUGCAGUAAUGAAAAGGGACAAAUCCUUGACAGAGCUUCCAUCUAGUGGUGGAGUGAAGAUCAGACUUGCUGCAAAGAGGAGGGGUUACCUCUGUUCAAAGAUGCUGAAUGUCUGUUUUUAGAUGAGAUGAGAUGGGAUAUGACUGCUUUGACCUUGCUGCUCACAGUCUGUGUAUUUAUAUCAAACGCACUCAAUAUUUAAAUGCAAAAUAAAAGUGUUUAUGCAAGAACAACUGCAUAAAUUAUAAGGUCUCUUUUAUGCUGAAACAACGAGCUCUGCCUUUCUUCUUACAUCAAAGUGAAAUUAAUGGAUGGAUUGAAAUUGUUUGUUUGAGUGUGUGUGUGCAUAAGGGAGGGUGCACACGCUCACCUGCAUACACACACAGAGCAAGUCACACCCAUGAAUAUUUUGAACAGUUUUUUUUCCAGUUGCAGUGCUCUCAGAAAAACCAAAGCAGUCUCUAUAGCAACAGAUGGCUGGAUGAGCAGCGGUGCAGCGAUAAAUGUGGACCCACUGAAUUAAGAUCACCUAUUU